UUCCUGGCACUCCCCUCUGAAUCAUCACGCUCCACUUGCGACGCUGCAGACUCCGGGCUCCUGCAAGCAGGCGUGGGAUGCCGCCGUUCGCCCCGGGAGCCUCGAGGCGUCACCGCGCGUUUCCACGCAGUGGUCCGGGGGGAAACAAGAGGGCGGCGGCCUGGCGAAUGCUGCGGUCUGCGAUCCAGGGAGAGCGUGGCCGCGCGCCGCACGGCUGCGCCUCGCCCUCCGAUGACCACCGCCCUCUGGUUGAGCCUGCGGCCAGACGCUCGGCGCCCCUCGGCUAGCCUCCCACGCCCGGCCACCUCCUCCUCCGCCUUUUCCUCCUCCUCCUCCCCCGCCUCUUCCGUUUUCUGGAGGGAAAGGCUGCAGCCUCCUUCUGGGCUCCGCAUCCCGGCUUAGGUAAUACGCUUUCCUCUUUACGCCCCCCUCUCCUCGGCGCCACAGCCUCCCUUCCUGCUCGGAUCCGGGUCCCCGGGCUGGGCGACCAGCACGCACCCAUCGCCUCUCCGGAAGGUAGCUGACGGCCUGGAGGGUGGGUGCCGAUUCCACCAGACGCUGCAACUGAAAAGCCAGGUUCAGAAAUGUCAGGUAUCCUCCGGGAGCUGCUCUGUGUCUCUGAGAAAGCUGCCAACAUUGCCCGGGCGUGCAGGCAACAGGAAGCCCUCUUCCAGCUGCUGAUAGAAGAAAAGAAAGAGGGAGAAAAGAACAAGAAGUUUGCAGUUGAUUUCAAGACCCUGGCUGAUGUACUGGUACAGGAAGUUAUAAAACAGAAUAUGGAGAACAAGUUUCCAGGCUUGGGGAAAAAAAUUUUUGGAGAAGAAUCCAAUGAGUUUACAAAUGAUUUGGGGGAAAAGAUUAUCAUGAGACUGUGUCCAACAGAGGAAGAAACAGUAGAUCUUCUCAACAAAGUCCUUAAUGGUAACAAGUUGGCAUCUGAAGCGUUAGCCAAGGUUGUACAUCAGGACGUUGUCAUUAGUGACCCAGCUCUGGAUGCGAUAGAGAUCAACAUUCCACAGGACACUUUGGGAGUUUGGGUGGAUCCUAUAGAUUCAACUUAUCAGUAUAUAAAAGGUUCUGCUGACAUUAAAUCCAACCAAGGAAUCUUCCCCAGUGGACUUCAGUGUGUCACUAUUUUAAUUGGUGUCUAUGACAUACAGACAGGGGUGCCCCUGAUGGGAGUCAUCAACCAACCUUUUGUAUCACAAGACCUAAACACCCUCAGGUGGAAAGGACAGUGCUACUGGGGCCUUUCUUACAUGGGGACCAAUAUCCAUUCAUUUCUGCCUCCCGUCUCUACAAGAAACAGCAGUGAAACGCAGAGCCAAGUGACCCAAAACCCCAGCUCUGAGGCGGAAUACUCCCACCCGUUCUCAGCUGUCAUUAGUACCAGUGAAAAGGAGACCAUCAAGGCCGCACUGUCACGUGUGUGUGGAGAGCGCAUAUUCCGGGCAGCUGGGGCUGGUUACAAGAGCCUCUGUGUUGUCCUCGGCCUUGUUGACAUUUACAUCUUCUCAGAAGAUACCACGUUCAAGUGGGACUCUUGUGCUGCCCACGCCAUCCUCAGGGCCAUGGGUGGGGGAAUGGUGGACUUAAAAGAGUGCUUGGAAAGAAACCCCAACUCGGGGCUUGACUUGCCACAGUUGGUGUACCACGUGGGAAACAGAGGCGCUGCUGGAGUGGACCAGUGGGCCAACAAGGGAGGACUGAUCGCUUACAGAUCAAAGAAGCAGCUGGAGACAUUCCUGAGCCUCCUCCUCCGACACCUUGCGCCUGUGGAUGCACAUACAUAGACGAGCUCCAUCCUCAGGGACUCGAAACCCAGCUGUGAACCUAGUUUCCACCUCUCUAUCUUUUGAAGACAGCUUUGUCCUAUCGACAGUCAAAGUUCACCUUCCUCUUUUGAGGAGCAUUUUUCCAUUAUGUGUUCAUAAUGUUAAUGUCAAUAAAUGACUGAUAUUCAUGCCGCAGUUAAA